AUGUCCUUCCCCGGCGGCCAGUUCAUCAUCCGCAACCGCGAGAACCACCGCGUGCUCGACGACAAGGACAUGUCCCCCGACGCCGGCAAUCCCAUCAUUGACUAUAACUACAACCCGAGCGGGGAUAACUCUAACCAGCGCUGGACCUACCGAGACGGCCGCCUCGUCAACGUGCACUCAAACCUCUACCUCACCUUCAAAAACCUCGAACCCGAGUCUACCGCCACACAGGAGGGCUACAGGGGCGAGGGCCAGCAAUUCAAGUACAAUCAGGGCAUCAUCAGCCUUGUCAAUGAUGACGACCGGGUCGUCGGUGCGUGGGACUACGACGUCAAGAUCGUGAAACCCGAUCCUUAUGAUAAUGCCCGCCGCUGGGACCUCAUGCCUAUUUAG